UCGUCGGACGUGGUUGGGAGAGGACGUGUGCGUGUCGUAUCCCGCUGCCCUCCUCGCCUACUGCUGGUCUGUGGAGUUCGUCACCGAGACCACACGCCAGUGACCCCGCCCAUCUGCAUCGCCCACCUCCCCGCCCCUAUCUCGGGAAACAAUCUGGUGUGAACACGACACAAAAGAAAAAGAAUAAAGUGUUCAGCCUCUCCUCAACAGCUGGAGGUGAAAGAAGAGAGAAAAAGGGAGAACAAGAAUAAAGCCAUGAAAAACAAAAGAAACACAAAUGAGCCUUAGUAAAUAGACAAAAAAAAAAGGAAAAAUUAAAAUACACAUCUGAGAAAAACAAAGAAUGUUGAAUGUGAAAUAUACAUGCGAGUCAGAUUCUUGAAAUAAUAGUGCUGUGAUUUGAAUAGAAAAGGGAAAAAGAAAAGGGAAAAUAAAGAGAUUUGUGAGGAAAGUGAAGGUGAGAAGGUGUGAAGGUGUGAGGGAAAAAUACACAUUGUGCCUUGGAAUGCUAAGCUGGAGGCACGGACUUUUCACGGACACUACGCCAAGAACAGUGACGCAACAGUGGAAAUAGACGAAGAGGGAAUAAAGACACUGGAAAUAAAGACAAAGGAAUACCGUAAAAUAAAGCAAACAAGAGUAAACAAAGAAGUAUACAAAUAGAUGACACAAACGCAUUGCACAAAAGGGGAAAAAAAGUAGAAAAGCUUUAAAAAAUAUAUCUGAACGAAAUACAGCAAACUAUGAAAUGAAUGAAUGCAUACACGUAUAUGAAUAAUGAAAUAACAUACUGACACAAGUUUCAAUUAAAGAUACAAAGGCAAAAGGUUUGUUUCAGGAAAUAUAAGCAAAAUAGUGCAAAAAUAAUCAAACAUAAAACAUUCUAAACAAAUUCUCACUCAUAUAUACAAAUAAAUAAAUACGGAAGUUGAGUAAAUAAAUAAAGAAAUAAAUAAAAAUAUACUCGCAUUUUUUUAUUGCUAGUGUAUUAAAGUACAUAAUUACAAAAAACAAGUGAUGGAUUAACAAAAAAGAAAACAGAGAAAAAAAAAAGCUAUUGUAAGCAGAAAAAAGACAGAAAACAAUGUAUCUGAUGUUCGAUUUGAAAAAAGAGGCACAGACAACAAGCAGGACCAGAACGUCAUUCUAAAACAACACAAACAGGAACAAAAGAUAGACAAAAAAAAAAAAAGAUCAACAACUGCGCCAUUCAAGUAUUUCCAGGAUGCAUAACACAAAGUGAAUGCUGAAUAAAACAAGCGGUACGAAAGAAAGAAUAAAAAAAACAAGAAAAAUACAAAGAAUACGAAAAGAAUACGACGAAAGGGGGAAAUAAAUAACAACGCCAAUAAAACAUCACGUGGAAAGUUCAAAGUGACCUUGAGCUGAACUUAAGUGACCUGUUCUAUCUUAAACCCUAGAAGUGAUCCUUAAAAAGUGACGUGACUAAAAUUUCUGAAGUGACGGAGGCAGCAACCUAGGAAGUGAUUUGUGAGGUGACAUCAAAGACAGUGAAGUGACAUGUAAGUAACCUAUGCUACUUUAACCCCUACAAGUGAAUCUUAAAGUGACGUGAGUGACAUUUCUGAAGUGACGGAGGAACACAGUGAAGUGAUGUGGAAGUAACCUAAGGAGACACACGCAACCUCGACAGUGAUAUCUUAAGUAAUCCUGAAGUGAAAGUGAAGUGAAUUCCCAUCAAUAAAAAUAAUAAAUAAAUAAAUAGAUGGAAAAAAAGUGACCUCCAAAAUAAAUGGCCAUAAAAAAGUGACCCUCAAAAAAAAGUGACCCUCAAAAAACGUGUCUCCGAGGUGCCGUCUGAAAAUACCCUUGAAAAAUCGUCCCUAAAUUAAUCCCUUAAAGUCAUCCUUCUAGUAAAGUAACCUCAGGGUGUGCUGGAAAAAAAUUAAUUAAUUAAUAAAAAAAAAAAAAAGGGGUCACCUGUGAGACCUUAAAAGUAACCUGCUCCCCUGAAAAAAAAAAAAAAAAAACGUUCUAAAGUGACAGUAAAGUGACCCUGAAGUAAACCUAAGUGACCCUGAGGAAAGCCUAAACUAGCCCUAAAGUGAGUAGUGACAUAAAAGUGACCCUAAAGUGACCCUAAGUGAGUCUAGACACACUAAACACCCUAUAAUUAAACCUACUUGAUCCUGAAGUGAUCCUAAAGUGACCCUAAGUAACCUAAAAAUGACCCUGAAGACCCUGAAGUAACCCUUAAGUGACCCUGCAGACCCUGAAGUAACCCUAAGUGGUCCUGAAGCAACCCAAGUGACCCUGAAGACCCUGAAUACCUAAAAGUGACCCUAAAGUAAUCUUAAAGUGACCCUGAAGUAACUCAAGUGACCCUGAAGACCUAAAAGUGACUCUAAAGACCGUAAAGUGACCCUGAAGUGACCCUAAAGUAACCCAAGUGACCCUGAAGACCCUGAAGUGACUUUAAAGUGACUCUAAAGUCACCCUAAAGACCCUCAAGUGACCCUAAAGUGACCUAUAAACCCUAAAGUGACCCUGAAAACCCUGAAGUGACUCUAAACUGACCCUAAAGACCCUCAAGUGACCCUAAAAACCCUAAAGUGAUCCUGAAAACCCUGAAGUGACUCUAAAGUGACUCUAAAGUGACCCUAAAGACCCUCAAGUGACCCUAAAGACCCUGAAGUGACCCUAGAAACCCUAAAGUGACCCUGAAAACCCUGAAGUGAGCCUGAAGUGAGCCUACCGUCGAGAUGAGCCAGCUAAUACCAGCCUUAGUUCUCACCUGCUUUCUCGCCAGUCUAUUACGGCAAGGGUGUAGCGGGGAGGUCGAGGGAGGGGGAUGUCCGCCCCCCACCCACACCUUCAACAUGUCAGUGCUGCCCGUCGCCGAUCCCACAGACCAGGUGCAGGAGGUCAUGUUCAUGGGCGUGGUGGGUCCUUACGACGAGAAGCGAGUCUGCAAGAUUAAGUGUGUCUCGGGUCGAUGGGUGGGCCCUCUCUGUUCCCUGGAGCACGACUCCAGCCGCUUCCAGUCCAUGUUCCGCCCGUGCACUCUGCAAAGCCUGGCCAAAAACACACUGCUUACUUACCGCGGCAGGAAGAUUACGCCCUCCCCGGAGUUGGAGUUUCCCCACGGAUCGGAGUUGUCUGCUCGCUGUGACAGGCCGGGGAAGUUUAAGCUGCUGGGGGACUCGACACUCACCUGUACCAACGCGAAGUGGUCAGGCAGGUUCCCCGUCUGCAUCCGAACUAACUACUACUCCAACUACUCUGUGGACGCUCCUCCCGCGCUGGACUGGUGGCUGGCGGGAGGCAAGGGGCGCGUCAAUGCCUCUGGAGACCUCAUACUUUUGCCUGGCUCCAUACUGCACCUGGAUUGCCUCUUCCCGCGCCUCCACGGCAACCCCACUUGGACCUGGACCUCGAGCUACCGCCAGUACCCGACAGGUUGGGCAAUCCAGAGGCGUGCGAGGGAGCUGCGGUACCGUCUCUCCCUCUACUACGCCAAGGCUGAGGACACCGGAACCUUCACUUGCACCGCCCCGUCAGGACACGAUAACCACCUGUCCAUUACUGUCAAAGACGUGACGUGCCCGCCGGUGGUGGGGGAGGAGCCGCUGCAGGUGCAUGGGGACAGCGUCACCCUGGGAGCGGCGCUUACCUUCUCGUGCCCUGAGGGGUACAGCUUACGGGGCGCCGAUAAAAUCAUGUGCCUCCCCUCGGGGGAGUGGGACAGCCCUGUCCCCUGGUGCCAGGUGGUGCACUGCCCAGUAUUGGUUGCGGAGGAGCCGAGUCUACAGCUACAGUCCGCCAACACGAGCUACCAGGGUGCGGCAGUGUUCAGCUGCCUGUCGGGCUUCCGACUAUCGGGUCGAUCCGUCCUGCACUGCACCGCCAACGGGACCUGGUCUGAGCCUGUCCCCACCUGUCACGAGGUGCUGUGCCCAGCCGUGCAGGCGCCGCAGCACGGCCAGGUGACAGGUGCAGCCACACGGCGGGUAGGCGAGGCCAUCACCUUCACCUGCACCUCAGGCUUCGUCGUCCGCGGCCACGCCCUCGCCUUCUGCACCCACGAUGGCGUCUGGUCUCACCCUGCGCCCCAGUGUGUGAGGUCGUGCGCUCAUCCGGGGGAGCCUGAACAUGGCCGCGUGUCGCCCCGUCGUCCUCGCUACCACGUGGGCGCCACUCUGCUAGUCACCUGUCGUCCGGGUUACCGUCCUGCAGGGCCUGACCGCAUCACCUGUCUGCACACUCGCCGCUGGUCUGCCCCGCUCACCCGGUGUGUCCCCGCCAUCGGCUGAGAUUCCUACUCAAAGACGCUCCAACACGUCUCCAUACACCUCGCCGCGCGCCGUCUCACUCCUGCAGGUCCGCUCCGCGUGGCCCGGUACUCUGCCGCGGUAAUCUGAAGUCAUCAAGUAGAGGGAGCCGGGCUGGGGUGUCCGUCAUGCACCUGGCGUGGCUAGGAGGAGCGAGGUAGCUGAGUUGUGUGUACAUAGUCUUAACUACUUGAUUCCUUUCCCUAUGUGUACAUACGUGUGUGGUGGUGUUAUUGUGGUCGUUGUUCUUCACUGUGUGUGUGUGUGUGUGUGUGUGUGUGUGUGUGUGUGUGUGUGUGUGUGUGUGUGUGUGUGUGUGUGUGUGUGUGUGUGUGUGUGUGUGUGUGUGUGUGUGUGCAUGGUUGUUUGGUUGUGUACAUAUAACCGUCUUUGCUGUGAGUUUCAAGAAGCGCGUUCUUCCCAUCCCUGGCCUCAGCCGCCACUCUUUUUUCUCGACGUCUAAAAAUAUCAGCUUCACAGGAAAUGCGAGAAGUAUCACACGCGCUGCAUAACUUAGCGUCAACAUUAAAGAGGAAUUCGCUUCUUCCCACAGAAAAUGCCAGCAUCGAAAUGUUUAAGCAACAAUAAUGGAAAUACUAAGAACACACACACACACACACACACACACACACACACACACACACACACACACACACACACACACACACACACAUUUAUCAUAGAAAUUAAUAUUUCUGUUGGUUGCCUCAGCAAUGCCAAAAAUUAUGGAAUAUUUUGUAUUUGAUGAAAGGAAACAAAAAUAACACCAGUAACAGGAAAAACGAUAAUUGCCUCCUGUAACAAAAGAACGAAUGGAAAUAUAAAUAGAAAAAUUACUAAAACUCCGGUGUGGUAGCAGAGUGGUGAAGACUUGUGCAAAACGUGUACAUAUCACGACUCAUAUCAAACGUAGCCUCAAUGACUGUUUGGGAGGAUCAGUCCUGCCACCUUCACCCUUCCUCUUAGAGCUCGCCUUGCUCACACCAGGUCAUCAUCACUCCCUUGUAAACCUUGUACUGCAGGUAUAUAUAAUAAAUAUUUGUAUUUGU